GAAAGUUACAGAAGACAACAUGGAGUCUGUGUUUUGUUACUGUUUACUCUUUUUUGUGAUGAUUGGCAUUUGCCCUUUCGUAACUGGUGCUCCACCUGAACGUAGGUGCUCAAACAGCAACCUGGACAUCACUGGAGGCACCUUCACUCUCUCUAACAAUUAUGAUGAAGAUAGCAUCCUGAGGUACCGUUGUCCACAGGGUUAUUAUCCAUAUCCUGUAAAAAUGCGGGAGUGUUCCAGAGGCAAGUGGGAUCCUGUGCCCACCAGGAGACAGCCAGAGUGCAGGAAGGUUACAUGUCCUAAUCCAAAUGUUCUGGACAAUGGAGUCGUGGAGCCCUAUAAGCCGCUGUACUAUGUGAAUGACACGACUACCUACAGGUGUCAUUCUGAUUACGCGUUCCGGGGGUCCUCCACACGUGUGUGCCAGCUCAACGGCAAAUGGAGUGGCAGCACGCCGAUCUGUAGCCGUGACUCUGAUCACUGCCUUGAUCCUGGAACACCCCCUGGCGCCAGCAGAACAGGGCACAUUUUCAAUAUUGAUGACAAAGUGACUUACCGCUGUGAUAAUAAGCUGAAACUGCUGGGCUCCAAAGUGCGUGUGUGUCAGGAUGGUGGCCAGUGGUCAGGACAAGCGCCGGAAUGCUACACUGAUUUCACAUACGACACUCCAGCAGAAGUAGCGGAGGCUUUCGGCAGCACUCUAAAGACUACUCUGAGCAUACAUGAGGAAAAAGACCGCACAUUAGGUCAACAUGGGAAGAAAAUCCAAUUGGACCAGAAAGGAAAGCUCAACAUCUACAUUGCUCUGGAUGCAUCUGACAGCAUAGAUGAAGAAGACUUUGAACGAGCAAAGGACAUCAUUAUACAGCUCAUAAAUAAAAUCAGCUACUAUGAGGUCUCUCCAAAUUAUGAGAUCAUCAUUUUUGCCACAGAGGUGACAAGAAUAGUUGGCAUCACAGAUUUCAAAAGGGAGGAUGAAAGAAAAUUGUAUAAAAUUAUUAAGACGCUGAAGGAUUAUAAAUAUGAUGAAAAGGGAGAAAAAUCUGGAACAAAUAUUGCCAAAGCCUUCAGAGCUAUUUUGGACAGCAUGAGUUUUGAGAAGGCCCGCGACAAAACAGCUUUCAAUGAAACCCGUCACGUCAUCAUCAUGUUCACUGAUGGUAUAUACAACAUGGGAGGAACCCCCAUAUACAAUGUCAAUGAAAUCAAGCAUCUUGUGAAAAAUGAAGAUGAAGUGAAUCGGGAUGAAUAUCUUGAUCUAUACGUGUUUGGAGUGGGUGAAGAAGUACAGAAGGAGGAAAUUAAUGAAUGGGUGACAAAAAGACAUCCUGAAAAGCAUUUCUUCUUACUCCCAAACAUGGAAGAGGUGCAACAAACCUUAGAUGAGAUGAUUGAUGAAAGCACUAGUGUGGGUCUGUGUGGGCUCCACAGAAGCUUCAAACCUGAUAAACAAAGCGUUCAAAACGCACGCCCCAGUUAUCCCUGGCUCAUCCAGUUUUUUGUGACUCGUGAAGACAGCAAAACAUCAAACUGCUUAGGGUCGCUGGUCUCACCUAAAUUUAUUCUAACUGCGGCCCACUGCUUCAAGUUUGAAGAUCUUCCUGAUAAUAUCAAACUCGAGACACCUAGUGACAGAAACUUACAACAACUAAAGGCAAAGAAUUUCAUGAUUCAUGAAAAAUACCAACCCAAAGCUAAAGUGUCAGAGGGAAUUUCAGUGUCUUAUGAAUUGAUGUUGGCUCUCAUAGAGAACUGGAAAAUGGAGAUAGAAGCUCAAAGUAAUCUCAGACCCAUUUGCAUUCCCUGCACCAAGGAGACGAGUGGGGCUCUAAAACUGUCUGGCAGUGAUGUGACAUGUGCAAAACACAGGGAAGAGCUGCUUAGUGGUGAAUUUGUAGAUGCAUAUUUCAUGUCAUCUAAACCAAGAGGAAACUUUCAUCCAAAGAACAGUGUCCAGUUCAAAAUGGGGCAUAAGAGGGAUGCAUGUAUUGAAGAUGCCAAAGAAACAUUAAAAAUGUCAGAUGAAAAAACAAGGCUGCUUAUUACAGACAGUUUCCUGUGCACUGGUGGACAGGGACGAGAGGGAGUAGAAGAAGUUUCUUGCAAAGGUGAUUCUGGUGGUGCUGCAUUUUCAGAGAAAGGUUUACGGGCAGUCCAGGUUGGAGUUGUCAGCUGGGGUCUGAAAGAUGUGUGCACAGCAGAAGUCAGUUACGAUGAACGUGAAAAAGCCAGAGACUUCCACAUAGACCUCUUCAAUCCAGAAGUGCAGAAUUUUCUUAAAAAGUACCUGGGUGAUGAAACAAGAGGGACUCCUCUGACAUUUUUAAAAAGAUGAGGUCUUCUACUGUAAACAUGAUAUUUGACCCAUUUUCUUCAUACCUUUCCAUCAGAAUUUAAUCACUCUAUCCUUAGUUUUACAGUCUAAAACUGAGACUAUUUUAAAAAGAUGAACUUUUGAACAUGCUUUGGACACUGUGACAAAAUAAAGCAUUUUGAAUGUUAA